UGCGCUCCUGGCCGCUCGCUCGCUCCCCGCCUGCUCACGCUUCAUUGUUCUCCAAGUCAGAAGCCCCGCAGCCGCGGUGGCGAGUGCAGUGCGAGGCGAGAGCGCCAGCCACCCGCCGGUCCGCCCGCGCCGGUGACCCGGAGCCUCCGCGGGAACCCGCGCCCCGCCCCGCCGGCCGCGCCCGCCGCACCCGCCGCGCCCGGACCCACCCGCAGUGGAGGGCUGAGCCCGCAGGCGGCUACCCGGAGCUCGCCCACCUCCGUGCUCCAGAGCUCAGGCAAAAGAGGAGGAAAGAUUCCUCUCUUUGGUCACCACUCUAUCUCGCCCUCUCCAAGAAUUUGUUUAAAGAAGCGCUGCGGGAAGAAGACAUCUUCUUGAAUUCUCUAGUCGGGGCGGGGUCUGCUGCUGCUCCACGGUGCCACCUCGGCGACACUACCCUCCGCGCUGCCCGCGCCUUCCCUUGCCCAGCCGGGGUCACGUCCGGGAGACGGGAUGAUGAAGCGCUUGGUGGCCACCUGGCUCCUGGUCGGGCUCAGCCUUGGUGUCCCCCAGUUCGGCAAAGGUGAUAUUUGUGAUCCCAAUCCAUGUAAAAAUGGAGGUAUAUGUGUGUCAGGAUUGGCUGAUGAUUCCUUUUCCUGUGAGUGUCCAGAUGGCUUCACAGACCCCAACUGUUCUAGUGUUGUGGAGGUUGCAUCAGAUGAAGAAGAGCCAACAUCAGCAGGUCCCUGCAUUCCUAAUCCAUGCCAUAAUGGAGGAAUUUGUGAAAUAAGUGAAGCAUACAGAGGGGACACAUUCAUAGGCUAUGUUUGUAAAUGCCCCCGAGGAUUUAAUGGGAUUCACUGUCAGCACAACAUAAAUGAAUGUGAAGCUGAACCUUGCAAAAAUGGUGGAAUAUGUACAGACCUUAUUGCUAACUAUUCCUGUGAGUGUCCAGGUGAAUUUAUGGGACGGAAUUGUCAAUACAAAUGCUCGGGCCCACUAGGAAUUGAAGGUGGAAUCAUAUCAAACCAGCAAAUCACAGCUUCAUCUACCCACCGAGCUCUUUUCGGACUCCAAAAGUGGUAUCCCUACUAUGCACGCCUUAAUAAGAAGGGGCUCAUAAAUGCCUGGACAGCUGCAGAAAAUGACAGAUGGCCAUGGAUUCAGAUAAAUCUGCAAAGAAAGAUGCGAGUUACUGGUGUGAUUACUCAAGGAGCCAAGAGGAUUGGAAGCCCAGAAUAUAUAAAAUCCUACAAAAUUGCCUAUAGUAAUGAUGGAAAGACUUGGGCAAUGUACAAAGUGAAAGGCACCAAUGAAGACAUGGUGUUCCGUGGAAAUGUUGACAAUAACACACCCUAUGCUAACUCUUUCACACCUCCAAUUAAAGCUCAGUAUGUAAGACUCUAUCCCCAAGUUUGUCGAAGGCACUGCACUUUAAGAAUGGAACUGCUUGGCUGUGAGUUAUCAGGCUGUUCUGAGCCUCUGGGAAUGAAAUCAGGGCAUAUCCAAGACUAUCAGAUCACUGCCUCCAGCAUCUUCAGAACUCUCAACAUGGACAUGUUUACCUGGGAACCAAGGAAAGCUCGGCUGGACAAGCAAGGCAAAGUGAAUGCCUGGACCUCUGGCCACAAUGACCAGUCACAGUGGUUACAGGUGGAUCUUCUUGUCCCUACCAAAGUGACUGGGAUCAUCACACAAGGAGCUAAAGAUUUUGGUCAUGUACAGUUUGUAGGUUCCUACAAACUAGCUUACAGCAAUGAUGGAGAACACUGGACUGUAUAUCAGGAUGAAAAGCAAAGAAAAGACAAGGUUUUCCAGGGCAAUUUUGACAAUGACACCCACAGGAAAAACGUCAUCGACCCUCCCAUCUAUGCACGGCACUUGAGAAUCCUCCCUUGGUCUUGGUACGGGAGGAUCACGCUGCGGUCAGAGCUGCUGGGCUGCACAGAGGAGGAGUGAGGAGACCCCACAUCCCACAACCCUCCUCUCUACUUCCCUAAAAUCUGUAGGAAAAUGGAUGGAAUUUUUUCAUGGGAAAGUGCUCAAUUUAUGGUAGGCCGCUGUCUUUUUAAGGAGGUCUAAGCCUGCCUUUUUCAACGGCUUAAUUUUGUUUUUAUUGUUUAAGCUUCUUCAGUAACGUCACAUUAACUGUGAAUUACUUUUCUCAUUGUUUUCUGAAUUUUUCACUCUGGUUGAAAUAUAUUGGGGAAAGAAAGUAGCAUUCUUUGCAUAGCAAGGGUAAAAAGAAAUCUUUUAGUUAGCAAAUAAAAACAAGGAUUGAUAAAGCUUUUGAAAUCAAUACUCAACUAAUUCUUAUAAAAGGAACACUGCAAUGUUAGCAAUAAGUUUUUUCUUCCCCUUCUGUAAUGACUCUGCUUUAUCCUAAUUGUUUCUCUGUGCCUACCAAACACUGACAGUGUUUAUUAAAAAAUCUUGAAGAAGAAUCUGUAACAUGCAGUACUAAUUGAUAUUAUAAUCCUCCUUUUAUUUUUUGUAAUUGAAGCUUAUGUGGGGUUUAUCCCCCCUUUUGGUUCUAUUCUAUAUUCUUUAUAUUGUAUAUUGCCUGAAUAAGUCUAUAUGCUUUCUAGUUUUAUUUCUUCCUACUAUUUACCUAAAAGAAGUAUCAUAUUUUGUUUUGCUUUUUUAAAUAUAUGGAACAUGAUUAACAGUGGGUUGAUCUGUAUUUAAUAUUAGUAGAUUAAAUCUGCAAUUUUAUUUUUGAUGAAGGCUGUAACUAUGUCAUUUAAAAUACUUCCUUUAUAAAGAACCCUAUACUAUCAUUUUGCAAAAUAAUAAACAGCAAGUAAUAUGUAUUAUAUCCUUUUAAGCCUAAAUUUUAGCCGUUGUUUUGAUGAUUUUGACAUGACCUUAUGUUUUCUUUAAAAGUAAUAGUUGUGAAUUCUUUGUUUUUUAAAAAUACUUUUAGUAGCCAAAUAUAACUGUUUUGCUGGAUAACUCAGUCAGACUUACUCAUCAUUUCUUUGUUCAUCUCUGCAUUUCCUGUGAAACUAAAAUUUUAUUGAGAUUUGCCAACAGGUGGUGGUUUCCCAGGAAAGCACAUUGUGAAGUUAUUUGUGAGAAAAAAUAUUUACUGAUGACAGAGUAGUAAACCAUUUCCAAGAUGAAAAUUGAUUUCUAUUUAUUUUACUUCAAAGGUCCUAAAAAAAUAAGCAAUUAUCAAAACAAUUUGUUAUUGAUAAUGGAAGUUUCAUUGACAUGUCUCUCAAAUUAAAGUUCAUGCUGCUUCUGCAAAAGUCCUCAACAUCUAAUUUAUAUGCUUUACGAGUAUUUAUUUUAUAAGGCUUAGACACAGAAUUAUCAGAGUUUUAAAUUAAGGGUCCUGGAAAAGAAGGUCUGGUGUUUGUACAAAAUUUUGAGGUCUUGUGCAACACUGCUAAAGUUUUUUUUUUUCCUGUAUUAUUUGUGUGCAUAACAAAAGCCACUAGACUGUUACUGUCUUGUCUAUCCAUGUGUUAACAGCAUUGCUUAAUGAUGUAUAUACGGAAUGGUCUUCAAUAAUAAUGAAGAAUUUAAAGAGGAAGUCAAUCAUAAUGACGUCUCUUAAUAAAAGCAAAAUUAGUUGGUCUAAGAGGACUGGCUGGCCAUAUGUUUGUCCUAUGCCCAUGAGUUUUCUACAUCAGAUUCUUAUCAUAUAAUUGUUGGUUUGAAGCAUCUGAAAUGGUGAUCAGUUUUCAGCAUCUUUCAAAACCAAAAUUAUUUCCUCAAUAUUGCCUUUUUUUUGGUAACUUUAAAAUUAGAAACUUUAAAGGUUUUAAUCUGCUAAUUUUUAUAACAAUGUUACAAAUUAUUCCUUAGGUCCCAAAAUAUAUACACAUUAAAUGUCUAGCAAAUAGUCCUUAUAUCUUUUAAAGUUUAUAACCACAUACUAUGUCAUCAAAUUCCUAGCAUUUUUUCCUUUGUAGAUCUCGCACAAUUCUUCAUUCUUAAUAGAGUAUGCAUCAAAAAUUAUAAGUAAUGUUUUGUCAAGAUUUACUUUUUAAAAAUUGUUCAUGGCUUCAUAUGAUGUUUUGAAUUUUUUUGCUAUUGAUAGCUUUUUUAAAAAAAAUAUUUUCCAAGUGAGUUGGUUAAAAUUAGAUUUGUAAUCUUUUAGAAAUACUUUGAAAUUACUUAUUCUUGCUUGUGCAUUGUCUAACUGUUCUUUGUGCUCUUCACCAACAUGGCAGAUCCAGUGGGAUUUCUAUUUGUCCUGUGAUACCCAAAAUUGAUGACAACAGAGGGUUUCCCACAUUUGGAAAUGUGGAAAAAUAUUGUGAAGUAGACUGUAGCUUUUGUGUCCUUUAUAUCAAUGACUCAAACUGAAGCAAAUUUAUUCUAUUUAAAUUCACACAAAAAUAAAUAAAAUCUCAUAAGCAGAACACACAGUAGAAUCACCUAGUCUUCAUCACAAUGAAUCACUAUAAUAUGUUAAUUUUAUGAUCUAUGAAAUUAAAGACCCAAGCAUCUCCAUUUAUCUACAUCCUAUUAAAAGCAUUGAUCAUAAGCACUAAUUCUAAUUUUAAGGUUGACUUUCUCUUUCUGAAUGACUUCGUAGGGAUCAGUGUGAAUUUUGAAGACUUGGGGUGCUAAUGAUUGUAUCUUUGCUAGUCAACAAAUUACAAAAUAUAAUACUCAAUGCUUCUGGCAUCUGAUGUGUCAGCAAGUACAGAAAUAACUGAGACACAAAUAACCUUUGCAAACUUUCAAGCUGUGUAUUAUUCUGAUGUUGUUUUUUUUUCUUCUUUGUAUAUAGACUUAAAUCAUGUAGGAUGUUGUAAAAUCAGUACACUCUUGUCUAGUCUUCAAACUUAAAAUAAAACUUUUGAAAAUCUGGUA